AUGGCAGACGCACCAAUAUCCUCAUCCCCUCUUCAACAUGAACCUUCUUUGUCCCAUGCAGAGUGUGCUGCUCAAGAGCUUGCGGGGUUUAUGAGUCAAAGCCCAGGGACAUCGGAUGCUGGCGAUGAUUUUGGAGGGCGUGAUGAUGCGCCCUCACCAGGAGACGUUGAGGAGGAAUUUCCAUCUGGUGUUCUUGAAACGACUCCUUCCCGUGGUUCUGACACCAAUGGGAUUGUUGUGGCAUGUCGACUCUUGAGGCAGCAGCAGCUUACCCCUUACCAACGAACUGAAGCUGACCAGUUUAUCAAGGUAUACUCAUUUUCCUGCUGCAUGAUGAUUUUUCUUCAACUGUGUUCCGUCAAGAACAAGCUCGAUGAAAUUGUGAAGACGGCUCCACCAUUCACGGUCUCAGGCCCAUUGUUUGAAAAUAUGAAGAGCCUUGUCGUUGCCGUGCUUCUCUCAGCAAAACUAGGUGCAUACAAAGGCAGUCUUCCCCGAGAUCAUGUUUUUACUCUUAUCAAGAAAGAUGGUGUCCACCUCCCUGCCGGCUUUGAGAAGAAUGCAUACACCUUAAAGGUCAUCAACUCCGCCAUUCAAGACGAACUAACACAAGCUCACUCGCGGAUUAAAAAAAUGAUCAAGGAGAGUGUUGUUGCCUCAGAAACUAUCUUUGAGCUCACAACCGCGGUCAUCACGAAUACCCAUUCCUCUGUCACAGUACCUUUGUGUGCAAGGCUGGCGCUGCUGUGCAAGUUAUAUACGGAGGUCAGCGACGCAACCUACUGGGAUAAGGUGGAUGCCCGACUCAAACUCAUUCGGACGAUGGCAGGAGAUGAUACAAUGAAAAUUACACGUACAUUCGAAAAGAUCCUGGAAGGCGACCAGGCCAAGUACGGCGAUUGA